UUCAAUUUUCGUCAUUGGAUAUAGAACUUGGCCUCAUCGUGCUACGCUUCGUCCUUCCUCGGAAGACGACUGCUCUCUCUUCUUCUUCCCGCUUCGUCUCCCUCUCAGGCUCUCACUCGAUUAGGGUUUCUCUCUGCGAUCACCAGAGUCUCCCGAGAUCAUGGCGGCGUUGGAGACGAUCGCCGAAGCAAUCAAGCUCAUAGACUCCAAGAAGGAGAGCCUCAAGAAGGCCUUCGGCGACCUCCAAGCCCAAUCCUCCCUCCUCUCUUCUUUCUCCCUCACCUGGUCCGACAUCGAAUCUCACUUCGCCUCCGUGGAAACCUCCAUCGCUCAGAAAUUCGAGCUCCUCGAAUCGCUCGAGUCUGCUUGUCAACAACAACAACAGCGGCAGAAACGAGAGGAAGAAGCGGUGUCGAAUGCUCGAACCGACCCGCAUAUCCCCGUUCUGACGGAAUCAGUGGAAAUACAAGACGAACCGAUUACCUCACCCGGCGAUGCAGAAGCUAAUGAACCUCCUUCGUCGUCAUCCGAUCCUCCGAGUCAGUGCCCCAUCGAACCGCGGGCCGAGUUGAAGGUACUGUGCUCGAACAUGGACAGUUUAGGGUUAAGGAACUACAUAGCGGAACACCAUGUAGAGCGUGACCAAUUACGUGCAGAGCUUUCUGGCGCGUUAGGUUUGUCUUCUGAUCCUGGAAAGUUAGUUCUAGAUGCAAUGGGAGGGUUUUAUGGUGAUGGUAUUUCGGAGCGCAACUUAAUGGUUCUUAGGAGGAACUGUAUAUUUCUUUUGGAAGUGCUGAUGAGUGUUCGCCCGAGUUUGACCGAUCAGGCGCGCGAAAGCUCGAAGAAGGUGGCGUUGGAUUGGAAGGGGAAGUUGAACCCUGAAGGUCCCCGACAUCCUAUGCAAGUGUUGGGUUUGCUGGAUUUGGUGGCAGCUUAUGGAUUGAUGUCUGAAUUCAGUGUGGAUGAGAUCAUUGAUUACUGCGUUACUGUUGCACAUUUUUCUCAAUCGAGGGAGUUGUUUCGGGCCUUGGGGUUGGAAGAUAAAGUUCCAGAUCUCAUCGAAAAACUUAUAAGCAAGAGAAAAUACACACAGGCGGUCAAAUUCAUUUUUGACUUUGAGCUGACUCAGAAGUUCCCACCUCUCCCCCUUUUGAAAUUUUUUGUAAAUGAGUCUAAGAAGCUUGCUAGGAAAGUUUCCAAGGAUGGAAACAACUCUCGCAAGUCACAGAACGCGGCCAUGGCCCAAGAAAUCAUUGCAUUGAAGUCUGUAGUUAAGAUCAUGGAAGAGCGCAAGCUCGAUUCCGAGUUUCGAGCAACCCUUGAAAGACGUAUUCAGCUUCUAGAGAAGCUGAAGACAGAGAAAUUCCCUGCGGUGGCUACUGCUUCUAAGCCUCAGCAGCAGCUGCAAAAGCAAAAGUUAAAACCACAAUUUAGUGGGAAAAAGCGACCAAGGCCUAGCACAGCCUUUGGUUCUAUUGCAGCCUCAAUGAAAAUCGCUGGUCCCACCUCAGCUGUUGCCACCUUCCAGCAAUCUCAUCCACAGACUGCUUCUGUAGCACCUGCUUCAUACUUGAGCACACCUGCUGGUGUUUAUGCUAUGGUGGGAAAUAACCCGGCAAUUGUCCCUUAUACGGGGCCAUCCAACGGGUUAUACGGUUUGGCUGGUGCCCCUGUGGGUUUCCCUGGUGAUCCAAGCCCUGCACGGCCUUAUUUGUAUCCAUCAGAAUUGCAGAUGCCUUCUAUCCCUUAUGAUAGGUCAACUACCUAUGGUGGACAGGGUGCCUCUUCUCAAUACUUUGCAUCCUACUAUACUCGGUAGUGUUUAAGGCUCUCUCUCUCUCUCUGUGCACUGUAUUUAGCACUUUCCAAAGGGGCAGUGCUAGUCAUACAAAAGUAUGCCUGACUCUUGCGAUUGCUUUUGUUGUGCACAAGUAGAAUAUCUCACACCGUGGUAUACUGUUAUUGUUUGAUCUCUCAGAGAGGUUUUUAGUGAUGAUUGAUUUAAAUCAGCUGGUUCUUAUUCCUGUUUAGCAUUGAGAAAGUAACAAAGUAUAUAAUUGUCUUUCUUUUAGUAUUGGGUUCUGCAUUUCUUCCCUGGGUUGAACAUGCAUUUAAAUGUGUCUUUGUACUGACAGGAUUACAUCCCUCCAACACGC